AGGAGAUGCCCGAGUUACUGCAAUGCUUUAUGCACGACGGUGAAAUCUAAGACUUUUUGGCCACGUUCUUUCUUUAGAAGAAUGAUUUCAAUGUUCUACAAACCCCAUCAAGAUUCAAUUUCGGCUAUCAUUCCCUUUCAGGCACCAUAAUGGUGUUCCUACAUGAAACCUUUCAUCGUUAUAUGAAAGGGGCACAACAAGUAACAAAUGUGUAAAUCGGAAAAAUGAAAGGAUACAAACAUGAAAUUGCUACAAGAAGGAAGAUCCGAUCUUCCUUUUUGUUCUUCCUUGCCCUCACUCUCUUGCUUGUGAUUGUGACAAUCUUCUCGUAUCCAAUCACAGCUGUAACAAUGUUCAAGUCAAUCACGUCUACUAUAUAUGCGCUCACAAUAAUAUCCGCUUUAUACUCAGGAGCAAAUGCAGGCCAUAGCCAUCCCCAACAAGUUCGGGAUAAUGGCAAUUCAAUCUUGAAUAAAGGCUUGAAUCCUGACAUCUUCCAUUAUUUGGGUCAAUACUCACCGCGUUAUACAGUCAAAGAUGAUUCCACAAGCGUUCCACAUGGCUGUCACGUUGAAGUUGUAAAUACGCUCGAAAGACAUGGCGCAAGGUAUAUGACAAACAGUGCUUUAACAAGUGCAAAUGCAACACUCGUCAAAAUUCAAAAUGCAUUAAACAAAAGUCAAAAUGUUUCAAGUGAUCUCGUUUUCUUGAAAAAUGCAUCUUUACUCACCGGAACGAAUGAUUUGGUACCUUAUGGAGCACUGCAAGCAUAUUACAGCGGUCGAUCUACAGCUGCUACUUACCCAUCUUUAACACAUGUUGCCCCUUUCGUUCGUGGAAGCGGUGAUUUGGACGAUCUGAAUGAUCGUGUAAUCUUGACGGCUCGGUAUUGGAGAUUAGGAUUCGAAGGCAAACCGUUCCCAUCAGGCUCAUUUGUUAACUCGGCCGAUGUACGUUCAGCAGCACAACAUAUCCCAAACACAGAUUUAAACAUUUCCGAAAAGGAUGGUCAAAAUAACACUUUGGACGUUUCUACAUGUACAAACUUUGAAAACGUUCCAAGUUCCAAGGGAGAGAAAGGAGCACAACAAUCAUUCGCACAAACGACAAUUUUACCUAUUAUUGGUACACGAUUGCAAAACAGACUCAUUCAAUCUGGCGCUCCUCAAAAUUUCAAUUUGACCGGAACAGAUUUGAUCAAUCUGGCUACAAUUUGUAGUUUUGAAACACUUGGUCGUGCAAGCGUUCAAGAUGGUAAAUUGAACAUCUCUCAAAGUCCUUUCUGCAACCUUUUUAACUCCACUGAAUGGCCAAUUUUUGGUUAUGCAUUCGAUGUUGGUAAAUGGCAAGGCGUUGGUUAUGGAAGUCAAUACUAUAAAGCCAAUGGACAAGGAUAUUUGCGUGAAUUGUUGGCACGCUUCACAGACAAAGCACCUCCAUUGGCUGAUCCUACAAGUUUGAAUACAACCCUGGACGGAAGCUCGAAAACCUUCCCACUUCCAUCUAAAGAAAAAGGACCUGUAGUCUACUUUGACGGAUCCCACGAUAAUAACAUCGCUCCAAUCGUAGCUGCUGCUUCUUUGUUCAACGGACCUGCUCUGACGACAGACUACAAUGCACAAGCUAAACCGCACAACUGGUAUUUCAGUCACAUUGCACCAUUACAAGGAAAGGUUGUUUUUGAGAAGAUUAGUUGUCAGCCACACAAGUCUGAAUACAUUCGUAUUCGUGCAAAUGAUGCAACUUUAGAUCCAAAAACGUAUUGCGGCACUUCCGAGGAUAAUGAUCAACAUCAUGGAAAGCAACAUAAGCAUCAUGGUAAAUAUUAUAAACAACUUUGCCCCUUGAACAAAUUUGUCGAUCAACUGGCAUUUGUUGAAACGGAUACAGAAUGGAAUAAAUGUUAUUCGUGAUGCAAUCAUGUAUAUACCUUUAUGCCUACAUGUUCUCACGGAGUAUUCCAUAAGCAUGUGAUAGAGAAUACAUACGUUGAAUGUCAGAUCAUAAAUUAUCAGGGUCAUAACUUCCGUUGAUUUAUGCACGUUAACCGUACAACUAUUCUGUGUGCAUCUAGUAGUGCGUCUAUUUCGAUCAUGUUUCUCUCUGUACCAGUCGGGCUUGUUUGCCAUUCGUUGAAGGGUUAAUUGACGUGAGGCAUGCAACGCCUUUGCUUCUGUCAAGUGGCACACGCACAAACGUUGGAAGCGAAGUGCCGGUCAAAUGCCAUUAAAAGAAGGAAU